AUGCAAUAUCAGACGUACACCCGCGAACGCGUGCCCCCGCUCAAGCCUGCGCCACGCAAAGACCACUUUUUGUGCAGCUGCGGGACUGCGCAGGACGAGCGCCUGCGAAGCUUCACGUUCCCGGCAGGCCGAGGGGCCGCGGGCAGGACGCAGGCGCGGCGCGUCAGCCGCGCUGGCGGCAGCGACGGCGGUAGCGACGGCGGUAGCGACGGCGACGGCAGCGACGACAGCUGCGACGACAGCUGCGGCGAUAGCGGCAGUGAUAGUGAUGGCAGCAGCGAAAGCGGCCGCCAUAGCGACGGCGGCAGCACGUGCGCGUACGUCGACGACUCCCCGCAGAUUAGCCCUAAGACCAUUCCCAGCAUGGACCGCGGUGACUCGGACUCGGGAUGCACGCGGAGCAUGCACCGCGCGCAUAACAGUGUUUUCUCAUCAUUCUCCGACGCGUCCUCCCCAAUCAUGCGCCACAGGCGCAGCUCUGCGAUCUCUGCAGAUAAAGACACAUUCUCGGCGGCGCCGCGCCCUGCAUGGCCCUCGCCCACCAAGCGCACGUCCGACAGUGUGUUCAACAAGAGGCCGGCGGCGCUCUCCAGACCACACUCGUUCUCGCGCCCUGCGCGGGUGCUCAUCGCGGAUACCUCGCAGCAGCUGCGCAGAAACUCGGAGCCCUUUUUCCUGGUGAAAGCCGAGAUCGGCCGGCUCGACGGCUCCCACGCGGGACCGGCGUAUGCGGGGCUCCCGCAGACGGGCGAUGCAGCGCCCCAAAGCAUCGACCUCGAGCCUGCCAGCUGGGACCGUGCGCCGGCCGGACCGCGUACCCCGAAGGCUGUGCAGGGCCCGUCGGCACUGCUGCCGCCGAUCCAGUUCGCAGACAUGGAGAGCUCGCAGGAAGACUCGAGCACCGCCUCGGCUGGAGGCGAACCAGACCCCGAGGAGAUGCUCUCGCUCAAGGAGUUUCUCUUGACGUCUGGGUAG